GUCGACGACGACGACGAUGAACUGGUUUACUUCACUCUUUUCGCCGGGCUCGUCGCAGCGGAAGGGACAGGCGAUAAUCUCCACACACGAGGCCUUUUCUAUCCCAUCUGCCUCUCCAAUACUUUCCUCUCAUCCCGAUUCGUUCAACCCAGACACCCCAAGUAUCUCAAAUUAUACAUAUCCGCCAGCGAGUCCUGUGUCAUACGGCUAUCUUCCUACUUCGUCAGGCUCACGUUCUAAUACCCUCUUGCCAAUGCAUCAUGACCAACUUCACACACCGCUCUCACCUUCUUCAUCAUAUCCUCCUCUCCAAACAACAUGGAAUAGACUCCGGCUGUGGCUUAGUCGCGAAUACCCCGAAUUAGGGGAUACUCUGAACUACGGUAUUCUUCCUCAAGACCUGUCCCAGAUAGAGUUGCAAUUCGGUUUCCCUCUUCCUGCUGUAGUCAGAGAGUCUUAUCUUAUUGUUGAUGGACAAGAAGCGGAGUCCGCAGCUGGCUGUGCAGACGGACUGUUUUUUGGUCUCAAUCUUCUUCCAUUAGAAGAGGUAUUGGAACAAUGGAGAUUUUGGAGAGAAGUCGACGAGGAUCCCAGUACUGGAGCCAAUCCUCAGUUACGGCAGCAUAUGCAGUCAUUACCACCUGGUUGGAUUCGUAAAGAGUAUUCGCAACGGGGUUGGAUACCGCUUAUAGCGGAUAAGACUGGCAACUAUAUUGGAGUGGACCUCAAUCCGGCUGAAGAUGGAGUAGCUGGCCAAGUAAUCGUAUUCGGACGCGAUUUCGAUACAAAAGUUGUUCUUUACAAUGGUGACGGACGUACCGGUUGGGCCAAGUGGCUAGCCAGUUUCGUGGACGACUUGGAAAGCGGGGAAGGUUUUGAAAUAGGUGGUGGGAAUGACUCUGGUGAAGACAGCGAAGAUGAACUCGGUUACGAGAGUUAUUUCUACGAUGGAACUGGUCGAGGGCAAGGCGACGGAGGUGGUGAUGCAACACCCGGACUUCGCCUCGCGGGCGAGUACAAAGGCUGGAGCGUUAUGGAGGCUUGGGCCGAUCGUAGCGUGAGGAAAUGGUAUGAGAGCGGAGUUAUCUCUGAGAAGGUCGACAAUGAGAAAGUCAAGGCGAAAGUUGAUAUAGAUGCCCUGGAAAUCAACCCGGCUGCUGCAGAAGUAGCUAUUCCAGUCUUGGCUGAUACAGACGACGUUGAGAGAAAACCCUCGUCAUCACAUCUUGAGACCAAAAGGUCGCCCUCCGAGCUCCCUACCAUUUCCAUCACGAAACCUCCGUUGCCCAUUCCCAUUGAACUACCGACUCCACGGGAGAUUGGCGGGCUGCCGUCACCUCCCGACUCCAGGCACUCUUCUUUCGACGAAGAUCUGGAGGCUGGAAGAAGAUCCGCGAGGGAACAUACGCCUCAUACUGUUCAACGGUCACAAGCCGCUUCGUCGCCGUCUGGUCAAUCAUCUACCUCACCUGAGCAAGCGCGAGCAAAUGCAAAUGUGGCAGGUCAAGAGGACUUACUUGCAGAUGCUGAACCAUUAACAGACCCCACUCCUGUCAUUCAAGCUUCACCUCUCCUUUCGUCUCACACCGAUGCCCAAGUCAUGGCUGAACCUGAACUAAUCGAAGUUGGAUCUCUAUCUGUCGACGAGGAUAAGUCCCAGCACGAUCUCGAUCCUGAUCUCACGAUUCGGUUGGUGGGGGGAGGAGGGUCAUCGGGCAUUCUGCCGGAGGCAGAAACUGAUACCGACGCCGGGCCAAGAAUGGAAGAAACGGACACGAACGAAAAAGCUGCGGACGCUGAUGCAGAGUCGAUCGUAUCAGCUGGUUCAGAGACGGGGGCAGGAAAAGAGGCUAAGAAACACAAGAAAACCAAAAGCGGACUUGCUGGUUUGAAGAAGUUAGGACAACUCGGACGCAAAAAAGAUUCUAUAAGUGCAUGAAAGACGUUGUCUCGGCUCACACGAAUUCAGCGCCGUAAGGCACAUUCUUUCCCCCCUAUUCAUACCUCUGCUUUCCAGGAAGAUUCCUUCAUUUUUCGUCCUUGUUUACGUUUUCAAUAAUGUUCAUCACUUGCAGGGAUUUUUUUCUCAUAGCAUCAUUUACUGUUCUCUGUCUCACCACCUUUAGUAAAGCUAAUUAAUGCACAUCUGCGUAACAAAAACCUUCAUGUAACCAUUCGUAUACCCCAUACAAUAUUCCUCUGAAUCCAUGACUUCUAGAUAGGAC